AUGGAUAAGGACAUUUAUGUUUUCUUCAAAAGGCACGGCUUCCCCCUGGAGAGCUUCUCGUUCUUCUACUCCAAGGAGGACAUGUACACGAGUCGUCAGAUUGACCAACGUGGUGGGGGGAAGGACACCAUCAUUGUAAUUACCAUGGGACAACACUUCAGACAGUUUCCACUAAAACUCUACAUUAAACGAGCGAUCAACAUCCGUAGAGCCGUGGAGCGAUUGUUUCUAAGGAGUCCAGAUACCAAGGUCAUCAUCAAGACGGAAAACACCAGAGAAUCAACUGCUCCUCAAGAGAGAAUUGGUGACUUCAAUGGUUAUUGCCAGUAUCUGGUGCUUAGGGAGGUCUUCCAAGGGAUCAACGUGGGCUUCGUGGAUGCUUGGGACAUGACGGUAGCCUCCUCCACGGAGUCUGUUCACCCUCCGGGAUACAUAUUUGACAGUAUAAUGAGCAUGACGUUCGCCUUUGCUUGUUAA